AUGUUGACAAACAAAGUGUUUAUGAAGAAAACCAAACGAGGAAACAUCCUCAAAAUUGUCCGCGAACACUAUCUCCGCGACGAUAUUUGGUGCGGCUCGGGCGCUUGUCAAAAGUGCCCCCGGUCGGAAAAUGAUGCGAUUCUCGAUGUUGCCCCGGAAUCGCUGAGUGGAAAGUAUGACUUUCCGCACUAUCUGCUCCUCGAUACAAACAUCGUACUGUACCAGAUGGACCUUCUGGAGGAAUCGGCCGUCCAGAACGUGGUCAUUUUGAACACGGUGUUGGACGAGGUGAAACACCGCAGUGCCGUGGUGUACAAACGGUUAAGGGCGGUCCUCUCCAAUCCGAGCCGAAAGUUUUACACCUUUGUGAACGAGCACCACAAGGACACGUAUAUCGAGCGAUUGCCAGGGGAAUCGGCAAAUGAUCGGAAUGAUCGAAUGAUUCGCACGGCGGCGGUGUGGUAUGGAAAGCACCUGAAGAAGUCACGCACGGGGCUGAAGAUUAUUUUGCUCUCCGAUGAUACGGAUAAUCGCAAUAGAGCGAUCGAACUGGGGUUGAUUGCUUGCUCCGCCGCGGACUACAUCCAAACGGUACGGAACGAAAAUGCUCAUCUAUUGGACAAGAUUUCACACCGAGAGUGCAGCAGUGAGGCGAAGGAACCUCUAUUUCCUUCACAUCUGACCGCUUCCCAAAUUCAUCAGGGCAUCAAGAGCGAAAGCUUGCUGCAGGGUUCGUUUCUAGCAUCGCGCGAAAACUAUCUGGAAGGAUUCGUGCGCGUGGAGGGAAUCGAGAAAGCGGUGCUGAUCCAGGGGCGGCUAAAUUUGAACCGUGCCGUCGAUGGAGACGUGGUAGCGAUCGAGAUGCUGCCCGAAAGUGAAUGGAAAACGCCUAGCGACAUUGUGCUGAUGGACGAGCAGAAUGAUCCGGGAGAUAUGAUCGAACAAGACCCAUCCUUCACGACGAAGGCGCUGGCGAAGGAGCUUCUUGAACCAACAGCAAAAGUGGUCGGAAUCAUUAAGCGCAAGUGGCGCCAGUAUUGCGGCAUUUUACUUCCCAGCCACAUUCCGGGUACGACGCGACACAUUUUUGUUCCUGCCGAAAGAAAAAUUCCGCGCAUUCGUAUAGAAACGCGCCAAGCGACGACGCUUCUUUCGCAGCGCAUCAUCGUUGCGAUCGAUCAGUGGCCACGUCACUCGCGCUACCCACAGGGACACUUUGUGCGAGCGCUCGGGGCAAUUGGCGCCAAGGAAACCGAAAAUGAGGUAAUCCUGUUAGAACACGACGUGCCGCACAAUCGCUUUUCCGAAGACGUUCUCGCCUGUCUGCCGCAGCUGCCGUGGGUUAUUACGCCAGCAGAUUUGCGGCGAAGAGUCGAUCUUCGUGGGAUCACCAUUUGCUCGGUGGAUCCUCCAGGCUGCACGGAUAUCGACGACGCGCUUCAUGCUCGCAGACUUCCCAACGGCAACGUUGAGGUCGGAGUCCAUAUCGCAGACGUGAGCCACUUUAUACGACCGUGCACUGCCAUCGAUCGCGAAGCAGCCAGCCGAGCGACGACCGUAUACUUGGUGGAUAAACGUAUCGACAUGGUACCGGAACUGCUCAGCUCCAAUCUAUGCUCGUUGCGCGGCGGUGAGGAGCGUUUCGCUUUUUCCUGUGUCUGGGAACUGAACAACGAGGCACAGGUACAGCAAGUUAAGUUUCACAAGAGUGUGAUAAAGUCGAAGGAAGCACUCACCUACGAGCAGGCACAGUUGAUCAUAGACGAUCGUACGCAAACAAACGAUGUGGCCGUGUCGCUCCGGUUGCUCAAUCAAUUGGCAAAAAUUUUGAAGCGGCGCCGCACGGAAAACGGAGCCCUAGUGCUCGCAUCGCCCGAAAUUCGCUUCCAGGUUGAUAGCGAAACACACGAUCCGAUUGACGUGAAGGCGAAACAGCUGCUCGACACCAACUCGAUGGUCGAAGAGUUUAUGCUUUUGGCGAACGUUUCGGUGGCGGAGAAAAUUGAACAAGAGUUCCCCGAAUGUGCGAUGCUCCGGCGACAUCCUGAGCCACCGCAGAACAACUUUGAGCCGCUAGUAAAAGCUGCCCAACACCAGGGUUUCAGGAUAGUGACCGAAAGCGGGAAGCAACUGGCGACUAGCCUGGAUGAAGCUGUCAAUCCGGCCAAUCCGUACCUCAAUACGAUGCUUCGCAUUCUGGCUACACGCUGCAUGAUGCAGGCGGUCUACUUCAUCAGUGGCACGCUACGACGGGAUGAGUUCUUCCACUACGGUCUUGCUGCUCCGAUUUAUACUCACUUUACGUCUCCGAUCCGUCGAUAUGCCGACAUUAUCGUACAUCGACUUCUGGCCGCUUGCAUUGGCGCGGACUCCACCUACCCCGAGCUGCUGGACAAAAAACUCAACUCGAACCUGUGCAACAACUUGAACUACCGGAACCGCAUGGCCCAGUACGCGGGCAGGGCUUCGGUAGCACUUCACACGCAUCUCUUCUUCCGCAACCGUUCCGAAGACGAACAGGCGUUUGUGCUGUUCGUUCGGAAGAAUGCAUUGCAAAUUUUGGUGCCAAAGUACGGCUUCGAAGGUACAAUCUAUGUGGCUGGCCGCGACAAUCAGGAGAUUAAAAAAGGCGUACAGUUCGUUUACGACGAGGAAAGUCAAACACAACGUUGCGGAGACGUUAUGUUCCGUGCCUUCGAUCCGGUGAUCGUGCGGUUGAGUCUAGAUUCGACGAAUGUGCAGCACGAGAAACUGGUGUUUGAGCUGGUGCAUCCACACAUCGAAGGGUUCAGUGUGCUGCCUGCCAAACACGGGUCGGGACCGCCCGUAGAAGGGAGUGUUCCGGAAGCACCGAUCAAGCGGAAAACUGAUCCAAUGCAUACGAAAACAAAAAAAAGUAAAAAGGCAAAGUAA